AUCGUGGGUAGGACUUAGUACAGAGGAGAAAAACUUCUUACUCAAAAUAUUUAAAUCAUUAAUAAAAAACAGAGCACAUGAUUUUUGUUUGACCUAAUGUUUAUGCAUGAUUUUUAACAUCAUAAAAAUUCUUAAUACAUUUGCAACAAAAAUCUUAAGAAACUCAAUAGGAAAGAAUGAUUGCUAAUACAAACCAGGAAAUCACCAAACCUCUGAUCAACAGCCACCACACCAGUUCAGACACUUGUCAUCACAAUGACAACGGCGAUAACUCGCCGGUGGAGCAAGUGGCGCUCACCGUCCCAACCACCGACGAUUCCACGCUCCCAGCCGUCACGUUUCGCACGUGGACAUUGGGAGCUCUGGCUUGCAUACUUUUAUCUUUUCUCAACCAAUUCUUUUGGUACCGUAAAGAACCGCUCACGAUCACUUCCAUCUCCGCUCAGAUUGCGGUGGUUCCGCUCGGCCAUCUCAUGGCUUCGUUAGUCACCGACAAGGUUUUCUUCCAAGGGAAAAAGUUUGAGUUUACGCUCAAUCCGGGGCCGUUUAAUAUAAAAGAGCAUGUGUUGAUAACAAUAUUUGCAAAUUCUGGAGCCGGAAAUGUUUAUGCAAUUCACGUCGUUAGCGCCGUGAAGAUAUUUUACAGAAAGGAGGUGGGAUUUUUUGUGGCGUUUAUCGUCGUCAUAACGACGCAGGUAUUGGGGUUCGGGUGGGCUGGUGUUUUCCGGCGAUAUUUGGUUGAGCCUGCUGCUAUGUGGUGGCCGCAAAAUUUGGUUCAGGUUUCUCUCUUCAGGGCAUUACAUGAGAAAGAAAAGAGGAAUAAAGGAAGAUUAACAAGGAAUCAGUUCUUUAUUAUUGCCUUCAUUUGCAGCUUUGCUUAUUAUGUCUUUCCAGGCUAUCUUCUUCCAAAGUUAUCCUCACUAUCCUGGAUUUGUUGGUUAUUCCCCGCUUCCAUCCUCGCCCAGCAGCUUGGUUCCGGACUCCAUGGUUUGGGAAUUGGCGUCUUCGGGUUCGAUUGGGCCACUGUAUCCUCUUACCUCGGUAGUCCUCUGGCUAGUCCAUGGUUCGCAACUGCAAAUGUAGCUGCUGGUUUUUCCCUUCUUAUGUAUGUCAUUACUCCAAUUUCAUACUGGCUCGACAUUUACAAGGCCAAGAGCUUUCCCAUUUUCUCUGAUGGCCUUUUCACAUCUUCUGGCCAAAAAUACAAUAUUUCAGCUAUCAUAGACCCCAAAUUUCAUAUUGACAUGGACGCAUAUCAUCACCAGGGUCCUCUGUACCUCAGCACCAAUUUUGAAAUGGUUUACGGCAUAGACUUUGCUUGCACGACUGCCACUGUUGUUCAUGUUUUCCUCUUUCAUGGAAGAGAUAUAUGGCAGCUAAGCAAGUCUGCGUUGCAAGAUAAGAAGAUGGAUGUGCACACAAAAGUGAUGAGAAAAUAUAAGCAAGUCCCUGAAUGGUGGUUCCUGUGCCUCCUUGUCUUAAGCAUAGCAGCAACUGUAUUUACAUGCGAGUAUUACAACGAUCAGCUUCAAUUACCAUGGUGGGGCGUCUUGCUAGCUUGUGCUCUUGCAUUCUUUUUCACCCUUCCCAUUGGCAUCAUUACUGCCACCACAAAUCAAACACCAGGCUUAAAUGUCAUUACAGAGUAUAUCAUUGGAUAUCUGUACCCGGGAUACCCUGUUGCUAAUAUGUGCUUUAAAGUCUAUGGAUACAUCAGCAUGAAACAGGCCAUAACCUUCCUACAAGAUCUCAAGCUCGGUCACUACAUGAAGAUUCCUCCUAGAGCAUUAUUCACCGCUCAGGUGGCUGGUACGGUAAUAUCGGCAGUGGUGCAUUUGGUAACAGCAUGGUGGCUUAUGGAGACUAUCCCCAAUAUAUGCGACCGCGAAUUGCUUCCACCGGGAAGCCCUUGGACUUGUCCAGUUGACCAUGUUUUUUAUGAUGCAUCUGUCAUCUGGGGUCUAAUCGGCCCACGUAGAAUUUUUGGCGAUCUCGGUCACUACUCUGCCAUAAAUUGGUUGUUCUUGGCUGGUGCUAUAGCUCCAUUGCUCAUUUGGCUUGCACACAAACAAUUCCCUAAUAAGCAUUGGAUUAGACUUAUCUCUAUGCCGGUACUAUUAGGCUGUAUACACAGCAUGCCUCCAGCUACGGCUGUCAACUACACUACCUGGAUUCUUGUUGGAUUUGCUUCAGGCUUCAUCGCUUACCGAUACUAUCGCGAUUUGUGGAGCCGCCAUAAUUAUGCGCUUUCCGGGGCGCUUGAUGCUGGAUUGGCAUUCAUGGCAGUGUUGUUGUAUUUAUGCUUGGGGAAACAACAUGUAAUUCUUGACUGGUGGGGAAAUGAUUCGGAUGGAUGCUCAUUAGCUUCUUGCCCUACUGCCCCAGGAGUUAUAGUAAGAGGUUGCUUGCCGGUCAUCUGAAUUUAAGUAAUGGAUUGGAUUAUUUGCCAAAUGAGGAAGAGAAUGAAACAAAUGUAAGUGAGAGUAAUUAAGAAAUUGCAAUUUUGCUUAAAAUUUUAUCCCAGCCAACGUGUAAUUGAGGGCUGCAGAUUCUGUUGUAUGAAGAUGUAUAUGUGCGGUGUUUUAAAAACCGAACCGGUGUGGCCACCGGUUCAACUGCCAGUCGAACCGGAUUAAGCAAAAUUUUAUACAUAAAGUAUAUUUAAUUUA